CCAGGGGGGAAAAGCUCGCGGGGGGGGAGGUCCCAUUGUGUGCGGGGGUUUUGGGGAGGGGGCGCGGGGGAAAUUCGGGGUUUGGGGACACCCGGUGGAGCCGGGGGCGUUCCCGGGGGUGUCCCCGGAGGGAACGCGGGGCCCCCCCGCGCCUCCCGAGCUUUGUCCGCUCCACUCUCGGUUGAUUUACACCGAUCCCCCCCCUAAAAAAAAAAGGGGGAUUAUUUGGGAGGCGGAGGUGGGUGCGGGGCCGGCCCGGGCGAUGAGAGAUGUUUGACUUCUUGAUUUUUUCCUCUUUUUUUCCCUUGCCGGGGAGGGGGCAGACGAGGAGCCGAGCCCCGGAGCAGGAAUUGGGAGUUCGGGAGAUUGUUGCCAAGCCUCGACCGGAGCGUUUGAAAGCGAGAUCGGCUUUUUGGGUUUUUUUUUUUGUUGUUGUUUUUUUCCCUCUUUUCCAUUUUUUUUUUCACCUCCCCUCCCCCUCUGGCCCCUCUCCGGAGGGAUGUGUGUGAUCAGCGAGUGGAAACACCAAUGUCCUGAUUUUCCUGAUUUUCCCUGCCCCUCUUUGAAAGGGACAAAGUAAAAAAAAAAAAAAAAAAAAAAAAAAACAACAACAAAAAAAAAAAACCUCGCAAAAAUGUUCCUGACCUGCGAGGGGACCCUGGGGAUCGUUCCGGCCGCCGCGGACUUCAGCGCUCCGGCCCGGCCGGGCCAUUUCCACGCCGGCUACCAACAGAUCGAAGGGAUCAGCUUGGGCUACUUACAGAUCAACGGCACCCAGAUGUUCGCGCUGGCCCAGGUGCUCAGCGACCUGUUCAAGGACAUCCCCAGGACCACCAUCAGCAAGAAGAUGGAAACCUUAAAGAUCAAGAGCCGCCGCUGCGACCUGGCCGAGCUGCGGACCCUCAAGGCCAUCCACUCGGUGCCCACGCGCGCCGUGAAGUGCUCGCUCAUCUCCAAGGCGGACCUGGAGGCUCUCUGCACCUCCUGCAAGAGCCUCCGCCGGAGGAAGAGGAGGAGGAAGAGCCGGAGAAGGCAGCAGCUGCUGCUGCCGGGCCCCGGGGAGUUCUUCCCCUGCCCGCGGCCCCCGCCCUGCUGCGCUGCCCCCGGCCGGGCCGUGCCGCCCCCCGGCCCGCAGCAGCUCCAGCCCGCCCGGGGGGGGCUCUUUGGGGCGGGGCCCGCGGCCGCCGGGAGGGGCCGGUGCCGCGGCUUCCCCGCCGCCAAGCGCCAGGGAACGUCCGCCGGCUACUCCAGCGACUCGGACUCCAGCCUGGACCUCGCCGCGUCCAGCCCCGCCAGCUCCAGCGACUCCUCGGAGGAGGAGGAGGAGGAAGAGGAGGAGGAGGAGGAAGGGGACAGCUCGUGCAGCAGCGAGGAGGGCAGCUCCUCGGAGUCGGAGAGCAGCUCGCUGUGCAGCGGGGACUCGGUGCAGAGCACGCGGUACCGGCAGGCGGCCCUGCCCCGCUUCCAGCCCCCCCGGGAGCCGCUCGGGGAGGAGCGGCCGGCGGAGCCCCCCCCGGGCAAGGCGCUGCGCCCCGACCCCGAGCUCCUCUUCCUCUCGCAGCAGCUCUGGGCCCGCACCCUGCGAGCCUCAACUUUGGAAAGUUUGAGCGCGGCCGCAGCGCCGGGGGCUCAGCCGGGGCUGUACGCGAGGCACGAGGCCUCCCCUGCCUCCUCCUCCUCCUCCUCCUCCUCCUCGCCCCCUCCCUCCCCGAGCAGCAGCACCCCCGGGGGGGCCCCGCCACAAAAGGAGCGCGGCUUUGGGGACGCCGGAGGGGAGGAUUCGCACAAAGAUGCCUCGAACAAAAGCCCCUCGUUCGAGCGGCCCAGCGGAGCCUCCCCGGGGCCGCCGCCUUGCCCCGAACCGGCCCCGGAGCCGCGGGCGAGCCCCGCUGCCCCGGGCGAACCGCGGCCGGAGCAUUUCGACCGCUUGAUCCGCCAGUCCAAGCUGUGGUGCUACGCCAAGGGGUUCAACGUGGACGGCAAAGGUUUGCGGCACGGCCGGGGCAGCCCGGAGCCCUGGAGGGGAGCGGAGCCGCCGGUCCAGCCCCGCGGGGGCACCGAGAGCCCCGCGGCGCUGCGGGCUCGCCGGGACGGCAGCGCCAAGCGGCGGCGCCUGGCCAGGGUCAGCGACAGGCAGCGCGGCCCCUCCAAAGCCAGGCCGCCGAAAACCCCCCGCAGGAAUCCCAGGAAGGGAAGCGCUCCCUGCAAAGCCGGCCCGCCUCGGAAUUCCUUCAGCCUGAUGGGCAACUUCCCCUGCACGCCCUCGCUGGUGGUGGGCGAGGACGGGGAUCUGUGCCCGGCCUCGUCGCUGGGCAGCAAGAACUCGUGGGCGCUGUCCAAGACGCACCCGCUGUGGCGGUGGCACCUGGGGGGCAGCGCCAUCCCCGUGCCCCCCAGCCUCAAAUUCCGCGGCUGCGCCGGCCUGGAGCAUCCCUGAGGAGCGCAGGAAAAAUUCCAGGAGCGCGGGAGGUGCCGGGGACGGGAGCGGGGUCAGCGCGGCCCCGCUGGGGAAGGGGCUGCCCGGAGGAGCCGCGGGGCUUUUGGGGCCGAUUUGGGGUUGAUUUGGGGCUGAUUUUGGCCCGAUUUGGGUCUGAUUUGGGGCCUAUUUGGAGCUGAUAUGGGGGGUCCGAUGUGGGGCUGAUUUUGGCCUGAUUUGGGGCCCAUUUGGGGCCGAUUUGGGGCUGAUUGGGGCCGAUUUGGGGCCGCGUGCGCUGCGGGAUGUUGUCUUUGGGAGGAGUUUUAGGGUGAGGUUAAAGCGCGCGAUGGAACUCAAAUAAUUCCCCAAAAACUCCGCGCGCCGAGGGGGUGAUUCCCAGGAAAGGGAAUUAGGGAUGAAACCGCUGCUGGGAGAACUGGGAAUGAACUGGGAAAACUGGGAACGAGCUGGGAAGGAGCUCCCUGACCUCCUGACCCUACUCCAAAAAAACCCACCAAAAACCAAUACCCCAAAAAACCAACAAAAACUCAAACACCAGACCUCAUUUCUCCUUUUUCCUCCAUAAAAAUUGGAUUAAAACAAUGAAAUUCCCACGCAGCCAAGAGAAAAUUCCCCUUCCUUUCCGGGCCGAGUGGAUCCCGGGGAAAAUUUGGAAAAUCCGGAAAAUCCCGGUUUUCCAGCGGGGUUUUCCUGAUGUAGGGGCAGGCAGGAAACGCCAACUUUAAAAAAAAUCGGGAAUUUCGGGAAUUUGGGAGAAAUCGGGAGGGGUGGAGAGGAAGCGAUUGAAGUUGCUCCAUGGAAAUCUAAAGAAUAUUUUUUAAAAGUGGUGGAAAACGGGGAAAAAAAAAGAGGAAUUUGUGGGUAAUCAUCCCUGGAAAAUGUUUGGAUCCCGGGAAAAAAAUGCGGGAAAAUCGGGAAUGGAAGGAUUUAAUCCCGGCUGGAAUUUCCCUCCCUCCCCCGCUUGAACCUUUCCAAACCUUUGGAAAUUCCGAUGGGAUUUCCAGCCCAUCAAAGCCACCAAAUCUCUGCUUUGCGAACUUUAAAAAAAAAAAUCCAAGCUAUUUUGGCGAUUUUUGGUGGUUUUUUUUUUGGUUUUUUUUUUUGUUUUUGUUUGUUUGUUUGUUUGUUUUUUUGCUUGGGCUCUUUUUUCUUCUUCUUCUUUUCUUUUUUUUCAGGAGAAAAAAAUUCCCAGUCCUCCCAGGGAUUCUGCUUGGAAAAUUCUUAUUUUUUCCUGCAAAAUUUAGGCCUGAAAGCAAAAAUAAUAAAUAAAUUAAAAAAAAAAAAUUCAAAAUUAAAAAUCGCUGCGAGGGAAAAGGGAAGGAUUGGACAGAAAAUCUUCACACGCGGCCUGCUGGAUUUAUUCCAAUUUUUAAUUCCAUUUUUUAAUUACAUCAGCACCUUAAAAAAUAAGGAAAUAAGGGGAAAGGGCCGGGGAAAGGCAUUUUAAAGGCCUGGAAUAUUUGGGAUCUGCUGGGCGCCGUUUUCUCUGGAAGUGGCGAAUUGGCGCUAAAAGCGCUGUUUGUUUAACUUGGGUUUUAGCGGGUUUUUUGGGGGUUAAAUCACUUCUAUUUUUUGUUUAUUUCUCCCCCUCCCGCUGAGCAGAGCAGCGGGAAAUUCCUUCGGCAAAAUAUUGGGAUUUUCGAGGAGUUAUUCCCAAAAAAAAUCCCCCCAAACAACCCCAAAAUGCGGCGAGAAAAGCGGAUUUUAGGGGAGGUUUUCCAUGGAAUUCCCAUGGAAUUCCGGGUGGGGUGAAAAAUGUAUUUUCUAUUUUAAAAAAUGGAAUUUUAAAUAAUUUGCGUGUGGGGUUGGACAAAAAAAAUCCCGGGAUGCACGCUGGGAAUGAAUAUUUAUAUUUAUAUUUAUAAUCCUAUAUAAAAUCAUAGCUAUAUAUAUAUUAAAAUCAUAUGAAUAUAUCAAAAAUCCUAUAUGAGUAUAAAUAGAAAUAUAUAAAUAUAAAUAUUUAAAUCCAGCAACCUCCAGACCCCGCAGCCCCCCCCCAAAAAACUCAGGAAUAUUUUUCCAAGGGAUAAAAUCACCUCGGGAAUUGUGGGGGGAGUGGCCCAGAUUUUUAUCCCAGUGUAAAUACAGCUAAAAAUUCGCUUUUUCUAUUAAAAAUUCACAUUUUGGGCAGAGAUUUUGUUAAUUUCUCUGCUCGUGCAUGGGGUUGGGAUGUAAAUAAUUGUGAAUAUUUGUAAAUAUUAGUAAAUAUUCUGUAAAUCUCAAUAAAUUCUCUGUAAAUGUUCUGUAAAUAUUUGGGGGUUUGGGGAAAAAAAUUCAAAAUACCUCCAAAUUUUCAUUAAAAAGGCGCCUGGAGCGGCAGAACUGCCAAAAAAUAUCAUUAAAAUAAGAAUUAUCAUCCUGAUGUUAA